AUGCAGUGUGAGUUUACCCCCUUGACUCCAACCCUCAACAGUUGUUUUCUGUCAGCUGCUUAAGGCAGUAUGAGAUAAAAGCUCGUAACGGACAGACAUGCAGACACAGGAGCUGUUGAAGCUGCUGAGGCUACCUGAAAUGGGUGAGGUGAGAGACUACUUGCGCAGUCUCUCCACCAACACGAUCAUGGGCAUGGGCGCGUUCGCUGCCCUCACAACCUACUGGUACGCCACGCGACCCAAAGCCAUCAAGCCACCCUGCGACCUCCAAAUGCAGUCUUUGGAGGUUGAGGGUGGAGAACUGGCGCGCAAGUCUGCCCUGUUGAAAGGAGACAAGCUUGUAACUCAUUACUACGAUGAUGCUCAGACUCUAUACGAGUUUUUCCUCAGGGGCCUGCGGGUUUCCAACAAUGGUCCUUGCCUAGGAUCCAGAAAGCCAAAGCAACAGUAUGAAUGGUUGUCCUACUCAGAGGUGAAGGAGAGAGCAGAGGCACUGGGCUGUUUUUUGCUCCAUAAGGGGCACUCCAAAACCAACGACCAGUUCAUUGGCGUCUUCGCCCAAAACAGACCUGAGUGGACAAUCUCAGAGCUGGCCUGCUACACUUACUCUCUGGUGUGUGUGCCACUCUACGACACCCUGGGCACAGAAGCAAUCGCCUAUAUUGUUGACAAAGCCACUAUCUCCACGGUGAUCUGUGAUGUGGCUGAGAAGGCCAAGAUGCUCUUAGACUGUGUCUCGGGGAGAGAGCAUUCGGUCAAGACUGUCAUUUUGAUGGAGGAGUUUGACUCGGACCUGGUUACCAGAGGACAAGAGAAUGGCAUCGAGAUUCUCAGCCUGAGCGAUGCAGAGGCCAUUGGAGCAGCCCAUCGGCAGCAGCCUGUGCCUCCCCAGCCUGAUGACCUGGCUGUCAUUUGCUUCACCAGUGGGACGACAGGAAACCCAAAGGGAGCCAUGCUUACUCAUAAGAAUGUGGUGGCCAACUGUUCUGCUUUCAUUAAAAUCACUGAGAUUAGCUGUCCACACAGCAGCAGUGAUGUACACUUAUCUUACCUGCCUCUGGCACACAUGUUUGAAAGGGUGGUGCAGAUGGUCCUGUUUGUUCAUGGAGGUCAGAUCGGCUAUUUUCAGGGGGACAUCCGCCUCCUGAUGGAUGACCUGGCCACGUUGCGUCCCACCAUCUUCCCAGUGGUCCCCCGUUUGCUCAAUCGCAUGUUUGACAAGAUCUUAGGACAGGCAAAUACUCCACUGAAGAGAUGGCUUCUAGAAUUUGCCGCCAGGAGGAAGGAAGCGGAGAUGAUGAGUGGCAUCAUGAGGCAAGACAGCAUCUGGGACAAGCUCAUCUUCAAGAAAGUUCAGGCCACCGUUGGAGGUCGUGUCAGGUUAAUGCUUACAGGUGCUGCUCCUGUCUCUGCCACGGUGCUGACGUUCCUGCGUGGUGCCCUAGGAUGCCAGUUUUAUGAAGGGUAUGGACAGACAGAAUGCACAGCCGGCUGCACCAUCACUUUGCCUGGAGACUGGACAGCAGGUCAUGUUGGACCUCCUUUGCCCUGUAACUAUGUGAAGUUGGUAGAUGUUGCUGAAAUGAAUUACUUCGCUGCCAACGGAGAAGGAGAGGUAUGUGUUAAAGGGCCAAAUAUAUUCCAUGGAUACCUGAAAGACCCAGAGAAGACAGCAGAAACUAUUGAUAAAGACGGCUGGGUCCACACAGGUGAUAUUGGCAGGUGGUUACCAAAUGGCACUCUGAAGAUCGUGGACAGGAAGAAGCACAUCUUUAAACUUGCUCAGGGAGAGUACAUUGCACCAGAGAAGAUUGAGAAUAUUUACAUCAGGAGUGAGGCUGUGGCUCAGGCGUUUGUUCAUGGAGACAGUUUGCAGGCUUGUUUAGUAGCUAUCAUUGUGCCAGAUCCAGACUUCCUCCCUGCCUGGGCCAAAAAGAGAGGAUUGGAGGGAACUUAUGAAGAGCUAUGCAAUAACAUGGAGGUGAAAAAUGCCAUUUUGGAAGACAUUGUUAGACUUGGUAAGGAAGGUGGUCUGAAGUCCUUUGAGCAGGUAAAGGAUAUUGCCUUGGACACAGAGAUGUUCUCUGUCCAAAACAGUCUCCUCACCCCAACUUUCAAAGCCAAACGGGCUGAACUCAGGAACCAUUUCAGAAAGCAGAUUGACCUGCUUUACUCCAACAUUAAGAUGUAAUCCAUGGUGGAGCCAGUUUUACGGACAUUCUCAGGGACAGUGUGUCUCUUAUGAAUAGACACUGUUGUUUAUAUCGGCCAUUUCAAUGGGACUGAAGAGAAUAAACAAUCGGAUUGGA